CAUAAAGUCAUUCUGAUUAUUACCUAUAGCUACCUAUAGUUAGGUACCUAACAUAUGGUAAGAGAGUUAUGGUUAUGGUGCGAACAACAAUUCCCACGGCCGCCUAUCUAUUCACCUAUCUCUAUUCACCUAUCCAACUCGAGUCCCACAGACCCAAAAUGCGUAUUCCGUAUUUCCGUCCGCCUUGUUACCUUUUUCCACUUUUCCGUGACCGACAUUCAUCUUUAUUUAUUGGCAUGAACAUAUAAAACCAGAUCCUGCCAACCGGCCAAAAUACCUAUAAGUUAUCUCUCUUAAUAGUAUCGUCUAACCAGGUACUUACUUACUUACUUACUUAUAACUAUCCUAUCUUCCAACAAGUAUUUUACCAAAUCACAAUAUUAAAUACUUAACUAUGCCGGAACCUGUCCCACUUUGGCUGGACUGCGAUCCGGGCCACGACGACGUCUUCGCCAUCCUCCUAGCAGCCUACCACCCGGGCAUCCGGCUCCUAGGCCUCAGCACCGUCCACGGCAACGCGCCCCUAGACAACACCACCAACAACGCGCGCUCCGCCCUCGCCGCCAUCGGCAAGCACGCCGCCAUCCGGGUGUACCCCGGCGCCGCGCGCGCCCUCCAGCGGCCCCCCGUCCACGCCGUCGACAUCCACGGCGAGACCGGGCUCGACGGCACGGACCUCCUGCCGCAGCCCCCUCCCAUGUGCGCCGAGCAGCGGGACGAGGGCCCGGUGGCGGCCGUCGAGGCCAUGGCCCGCGCGCUGGGCGGGUGUGCCCCGGGCACCGCGUGGGUCGCGGCCACGGGCGCGCUGACGAACGUCGCGCAGCUGUUUGCCGCGCACCCGGACCUGGCGGCGCAUGUCAAGGGGGUGGCGAUCAUGGGGGGCAGUCUGGGGGGCGGGUUUACGCCGGCGGUCAUGGGCGUUGUGGACGGGGUGCCGCGCGUGGGGAAUUACACGCAGUGGGCCGAGUUCAACGUGCUGAUUGACCCCGAGGCCGCGGCUGCGCUGUUUAAAAACCCCGUGCUGGCGGCGAAGAUUACGCUUGUCCCGCUGGAUCUGACGCACCUCGUGUUGGCGACGAAGGACGUCCAGGAGGUGUUGCUGCAUGGACGGGCUCCUGAGGGUGGGGACGGGAAAGAGGAGGGGAGGGGGAGGGGGAAGUCGGAUUUGAGGGUUAUGUUGAUAGAGCUGUUGAAUUUCUUUGCUGGUACUUACCGCGAGGUGUUCGGCAUCAUGGAAGGCCCGCCUCUACACGACCCGCUGGCGGUAGCGGCCGUGCUGGAAGGUACCGAGUACGAGAUCCCGUUCUACGACUACGAUCCUAAGAGUCCCGAGGGGCCAAACCGACGGGAGCGCUUCGCGGUCGAGGUCGUGACCGAGGGUACGCAUGAGGAUGCUAGAGAGCGUGGCGCGCAGACUGGCCGCACCAUAGCUACGCUUCUACCGCCAGGGAGUGAGGGCGUUCGGAUACCGCGCGGCCUAGACAUCCCGCAUUUCUGGAAGGUUAUUGAAGAGUGCUGCGAGAGGGCCGACGAAGCGAACAAGAAGAUCCUGGCUACUAAGCCUGCAAAUUGA